AAGCAUAACCUCGCUCAUCCGUAGACACUUUCCAUUUCGCCCUCUUCCUCUCUCCAAAUCUCUCCCUCAAUCCCACUCUCACCUCACCAUUUUCCUCGUUAUCCUGAGGCCACCGCCAGCUUCAGCUUCUCUCCGUUUAGCUCUAGAUUUCUCACACCCUGUGGGUCCCGAAAUUGUACACCCUUUCGGUCAACCCUCAUAUACCCUUUUCCGCCCGUCCUCUUCCUUCCUCCAGUUCCACCCGCCUUUCGCAUCGCCAACAUUCAACGCUGCGUCUUGUUUCAUUCACCAACAUCUCACGCGUUUGUCACUCGACGUCUCGUCUCGCUUAGCAACUCUCUUCGAGUCUCGCCGAGUCGUCUUACCGCCUGAGCAAUAUAUUAUUCAGUUCAUCCCCCGGCUUCCCUGUCGUUCUAUCCUCUUGCGCCACCUCCACCGCAUUGGUUCCUCGACAUCAAGGCUGAUUAUCCGCAUACAUCUUCGGUCUCUGAUCUGGUACGGUUCACAUUUUAUAUCGUCUUGACAUCUCAGUCUCGUCUUUUUACUUGGACUUCGUCUUGUUUUUGACCUUGCCCGGUAUCACUUUCAACUCGUUGUAUUGGUCAAUCACCCCGUGUCCCAAUCUGGCCUUGAUCAACGUCUAGGCCUUUGUGUCCUGGGUGUGGGAUUCAAGAAUCUCGACUGUGACUCACUUCCCCGUCCUUCACUACCAAGCACUUGCUUGCAUCAAAGGUCGCGCUCUGGAACUAACGGGACUCCCCGGCUUAGCUUCAGGACUUCUGUGGCCAUCCGUCGACUGUCUCUUUUAUCUCAUACCCACCUUGAAUCCAAGCCAUGUCCUUCUCCCACCCUCGUCGAAGGACUCCGGUGACUCGCCCGGACAGCGACACCGACAAUGCCCUGUCCCUUAAGAACAGCUCUACCCUCCGUAAGGGUGCGACAUUUCACUCUCCUACUUCAUCAUCUUCGGCUCUAGACAACACAUUUGUCCCUCCCACGCUGCCUCGGGCUCAGUCUCAUUUGGAUGAUGUCGUCGAUGCCAACCGUCGACGUGUGGCCCUGGCUCUGAACGACAUCGACGAGGCUCUAUCCUUAGAUCAGCUCUCCCUGUCGCCAAAGUCUAGUAUCAAGACCCUUAGAGACACCAGUCUCCCCAUCCCUCGCGGCUUCCUCGAGGGACCUAUCGUCGACCCCAAGAUGACAAAAGAAGAGGAGAGGCGCGUUCUGCGCCCUCGCUCUGUUCGCCAUUCACGGCACCAUGAGUCUGACAGCGGUUUGGGUACAUCGGUGGCUUCCACAAACGAGAAGCGGGGUGCAGUCACUUCGGCAAAGAAGGAGACAAAGGUGCAAACACGAUCCGCCAUCACAAGAUCCGUUGCCGCAGCAUCGGAAAAGCUUCCCUCUCUGGGGCCCAAGGCUAUUAACCGCAUUCACGAGCACACUUUGCGCCCUUUGUUGGCAAAGCCGACCCUCAAGGAGUUUGAGCCCAUUGUUCUUGACAUCCCGCGACGAAUUCGAUCAAAGGAAAUUAUUUGCUUGCGAGAUCUUGAGAAAACAUUGAUCUUUAUGGCACCGGAGAAGACCAAGUCAGCAACUUUGUACCUGGAUUUCUGCCUUACGUCCGUCCAAUGCAUUCAAGCGACCGUCGAAUAUCUCAGCGACCGCGAACAAAUUCGACCUGCUGACCGGCCUUACACUAACGGAUACUUCCUCGACCUGAAGGACCAGAUUCUCCAAUACGGAAAACAACUUGCCGCAAAGAACAGCGGUGACGAUAUGGAUAUCGACGCAUCCGACGAGAUCAAACUCAUCGGUGGUCUCCACGAAGGUCGCCCCGUCGAGCUCGUUCGUGUCCGCAAGGACGGCACAUAUAUCUCUCUCGACACUGGUAAGCCUGUCGAGGUUGACAGCGACUCGCCAAUGCAAGUAAAGCGAUCCCUGAGUCAGCAGCUCGAGGACGAGGAGGAGAUCCAACGAUCCAUGGCUCGCCGCAAGAAGAAUGCUUCACCCGAGGAGCUAGCUCCCAAGAAGUGCCGCGAGCCCGGCUGCAACAAGGAGUUCAAGCGUCCUUGCGAUCUCACCAAGCACGAAAAGACUCACUCUCGCCCUUGGAAGUGCCCUGUCCCAACUUGCAAGUAUCACACCUAUGGAUGGCCCACUGAGAAGGAAAUGGACCGCCACCACAACGACAAGCACUCUGCUGCCCCUGCAAUGUAUGAGUGCAUGUUCAAGCCUUGCCCUUAUAAGUCGAAACGUGAAUCCAACUGCAAGCAGCACAUGGAGAAAGCCCAUGGCUGGACCUACGUUCGAACCAAGACCAAUGGAAAGAAGCUGCCAUCAGUUGCUGGCAGUGUUCAGCAGCAGACUCCGCCUCUGGGUAACAUGUCAACGCCUUCUUCUACUGAAUACAACGGUGUGCCCACUCCACCUCAGAACGAUGUGACACAAUUCGUUGGCGACUUCCCUCUCUACCCUAAUGACUCGGACUGGAUGUCAAUCAACAACAUUCCCUCCGAGACACUUCACCUGGAUCUGGGCAUGGAUUCCACCUCGCCUGCUUCGGCUAGUUCCUACGAGCAGUAUGCCCCAUACCAGAAUGGCUCGGCCUUCAUCCUCGAUAACGAGGACCUCUAUGCUGCUCAUAUGCAGCUUCCUGCUCAGCUGCCCACACCUGAGCAUCCUGUCAUGUAUAACUCCAACCUCAAGAUGAUGCAACAGCAAUUGCCUAUGUAUCAGCAACCCCAGCAGCAGAUUCCCAUCCCGACUGUUGCUCCUCACUUUUCGCCAACUGGCCAGGAGACAGCCAUGCUUUACACUCCAAACUCAUUACGGGAUGUUGAUGAAAGUUUUGACGACUCCUUUGCAGGAGACGGCAUGGACUUUCCGCUCUUCCCUAAUGACAAUGGCAAUGGCAUGACCAAGACCAAUGAAUACCAGUCACUGUUUGGUGAAAUCCCCAGCGCCAACCUGGGCUUCUCCCAGAAUUCCCAGGAUAUCUUUCAGAUGAUGGACUGGUCAAACGUUGAUUUGCAGCAGAACCUCGGAGAAUAGGGAUCCAGUCUUCUGCCGUGGAACUUCCCGAGUAUUGGGUAAGGGACACGUACCUCAAAAUUGUAUAAUGAUCCCCAACAAAAUUGCCAAACAGUCUUUUUUUUGGUUUGAUGAGACACGACACUUUCUUAUGCCACCCAGUGCGGGAUUGGGCUUCUUCAUGUAUUUCAGCUUUUUUGUUAACUCCUUGAGCUUUUGAUUUGCCUCAGGUUGAGAUUUGAAUGGAGGAAUGGGCCGUCGGGGCUCAGGACCAAUGGUUUUUGGUUUUUCCUUUGAGGAUAUUAUUAGUAGUCAGAUUGGGCACUUGAGUGAAACGCCAUCUCACAUCACCCCUUCGCAGUGCAUUUCGAUUCGGCAAAGAAUUGGGUUUAGCUGGUAUAGAGAUCGCCUCUCUUUCCUGUUGUUUAGGAUAGAAAUACACGCCCAUCUCAAGCGUAAGCUUUUCUCUCAGAGUGACUACGCGAUGCUAUUCCAUGACUAAGAGCCUCCCGGGAAUGCCAGACAGUGACCCUCCAGGCUACAUAGGAGUUGAGGUUUAGUCAUCUGGUUAUGUUAGUCGCCGGUGCUUUUUGCAAUAGACUUUGGAGGCUGGCUACCAUAAAUGAUCUAUUUGUGCAAACUCAAACUUUAAGAGUAAUGCUUCUUUAUCAUUCCUGAAAAUAAUUCCAUAUUAACUACUCAAGCUUUGGGCAACAGCUCUGUCACAUUCUGGUAUAGGGUAAGUUUGCUCUGGGGUGGAUCUGUGGUAUUUCGCUUGUAGUAAUUAAUCAAUUUCAACUGCA